AUGGUUUAUGGAGACAAAAAUAUUGAUAUUGAUGCCAAAGGAUUGGAAUGUUCGCUGGAGAUGAUAACAGAGUCCACUCCAUUACGGUGCAGGAAGCUCAGCAAUCCUGACAUCUUUUCAUCUGCUGGCAAAACCAAGCUACAUCGUCAGCUAAGUCAAGAUGACUGCAAGCUACGAAGAGGCAGUUUGGCAAGUUCUUUGUCAGGAAAACAGCUACUUCCCUUAUCAAAUAGUGUCCACAGUGGAGUGGGACAGACAGCAUGGCAGCCACCUGGAGAUACCUCAAACCUGGUCCGCAUGAGAAACCAGUCUCUGGGACAAUCUGCUCCUUCACUUACUGCUGGUUUGAUGUUCUUUAUUACCUCUAAAUAUCUAAAAUCACCGAAGCGCAAGCAGAAGAAAAUUCUAAGAGUAGGAAAAGACCGAUAUUUAAUGCCAGAUAGUUCACCUCUCCCUGAUCUUGUUCUAGAAGUGGUUAAAAAGAAAAAAAGCGCUUCUCGGAUUUUGAGUAAUGAUCUGGAGGAUAGAAAGGCUCAGAUACAAAGACUUGAAAUUACCAACAAGCUGAAGAACUUCCAGCCGGUGCUGCUGCGCGUUCAGCCUGAUUUAUUUGGAAGGUUUAGCUCCCGAAGCCGUGCGGGUUAG